GUUUGAAAGCAGCUACGUAAUGCUAGCUCAUCUCUGUUGCUGCCCUGCAUCUUCCUCUCCAACCAAAGACACAGCGGAACACCAGCUGCAUUUCCCCGGCUUAUAAAAAGUCAACUGCCUGUCUCUUUUAUUUAAGUAAUGUAGGAUGGCGUCGGGCUUCGGGAAGAUAGUCGUGGGAACUUAUGUGGAGAUAAAGCGCAGCGAUGGACGCAUCCACCAGGCGAUGGUGACGUCACUGAAUGAGGACAACGAGAGUGUCACAGUGGAAUGGAUAGAAAACGGAGACACAAAAGGGAAAGAAAUUGACCUGGAGAGUAUAUUUGCACUUAAUCCAGAUGUGGCUCCAGAUGAGGAUGUUGCUCCUAGUCCAGAGACACCACCCCCUCCUACACCCACAUGUGUGAAGGUCAACAAAAUUGCAAAGAACCGGCGAACAAUAGCACCUGUUAAGAAUGACACUCCAUCAAGAGAUAACAGAGCCAUUCCGACCAGGGCCAGACCACUGCAGCCUCAGCAACAAGAGCCAACACCUCUGCCGCAGCAGCCCACACAGACCAAUCAAGCUCAGUCACAACAACAACUGCAGAAUGCGAGGAGGAAGUCAAACUGUGUGAAGGAAGUGGAGAAACUGCAGGAGAAGAGGGAGAAGCGCCGACUCCAGCAACAGGAGCUGAGAGAGAAGAGAGCUCAAGAAGUCGACACUACCAUCCCCAACUUUGAGAUCAUGUACAUGAUCCGUGACUUCAGAGCCAGUCUAGACUACAGGCCCUUGACCACAGCAGAUUUGAUUGAAGAGCACAGAAUAUGUGUGUGUGUGAGGAAACGUCCACUCAACAAGAAAGAGUUGUCUGUGAAGGACCUGGAUGUCAUCACCAUCCCUAGUAAGGAUGUAGUGAUGGUUCACGAACCAAAACAAAAGGUGGACCUGACGCGCUACCUGGAGAACCAGACUUUCCGUUUCGACUACGCCUUUGACGACAGCACCACCAACGAGAUGGUUUACAGAUUCACUGCUAGACCUUUAGUGGAGACCAUUUUUGAAAGAGGCAUGGCCACCUGCUUUGCUUAUGGGCAGACAGGCAGUGGAAAAACACAUACGAUGGGUGGAGAUUUCUCUGGGAAAAACCAAGACUGCUCAAAAGGAAUUUAUGCAUUAGCUGCUCGAGAUGUAUUUCUCAUGUUGAAAAAACCCUGUUAUAAGAAAUUAGAUCUCCAAGUCUUCGCUACCUUCUUUGAAAUCUACAGUGGAAAGGUUUUUGACCUGCUCAAUCGUAAAGCUAAGUUGAGGGUGCUGGAGGAUGGAAAACAGCAAGUGCAGGUGGUGGGGCUUCAGGAGAAGGAGGUGAAGUGCACAGAGGAUGUCCUGAAACUCAUAGAAGUGGGCAACAGCUGCAGAACAUCAGGGCAGACAUCGGCUAACGCUCACUCAUCCCGCAGCCACGCCGUAUUCCAGAUUAUUCUUCGGCGAAAGGGGAAGAUGCACGGAAAGUUCUCCCUAAUCGAUCUCGCAGGAAAUGAGAGAGGGGCAGAUACGUCGAGUGCAGACCGUCAGACACGUCUGGAGGGAGCUGAGAUUAACAAAAGCCUUCUGGCACUUAAGGAGUGCAUCAGGGCACUUGGACGUAACAAACCACACACUCCAUUUAGAGCCAGUAAACUAACACAGGUCUUGAGAGACUCGUUUAUUGGGGAGAAUUCACGCACUUGUAUGAUAGCAACAAUAUCUCCUGGUAUGACAUCCUGUGAGAACACACUCAACACACUACGCUACGCCAACAGAGUGAAGGAGUUUGGGAUUAGUCCGUCAGACAUCCCCUUCUCCCAGAGUAGUCAGGGGAGUCGCUCCGACCACUCGCCCACCAAUACGUUUGAGUAUGAUGACUUUGCUGCUACCUCUCCCAGCAGGGUGAAGGAGCUGACUGUGGAUCCAAACCAAGUUAUGGAGGGAGGGCGACCAAACAUUCAUGCCGUCAACCAGCUGGACCUGCUGGAUGAGGAGUGGCUGAGUGUGUCGCCGCAGAGGGAUGACCUCAAACUGCUCUGUGAGCAAAAUGAGGAGGAAGUGUCUCCGCAGCUGUUCACCUUCCAUGAGGCUGUGUCUCAGUUGGUGGAGAUGGAGGAGCAGGUGUUGGAGGAUCACAGAGCUGUCUUUCAGGAGUCAAUCCGGUGGUUGGAGGAUGAGAAGGUGCUGCUGGAGAUGACGGAAGAGGUGGAUUAUGAUGUGGAAUCUUACGCUACUCAACUGGAGCAGAUCCUGGACCAAAAGAUAGAAAUCCUCACUGAGCUCCGAGACAAAGUGAAGUCAUUCCGCUGUGCUCUCCAGGAGGAGGAGCAGGCCAGUAAGCAGAUCAAUCCCAAAAGGCCAUUUGCUCUUUAAUGACUGGAGUCUGAAGAGAUUGAAGUGGCACGUCAACAAAAACAACAUAACCACUAGAUGUUUUUGGCACAGCCUGGGGCGUGACAAGCCGUGGAAACAAAUGAAGACUGUUGGUGUGUCGGUGGGUCAUAGGUUCACGACCCAUGUUUUUACCAGUUUAGAUUUUUUUUUCAGCACAGCUGCUUCUGUUGCUUUUUUUUCUUCCUUGUGUCUAUAAGAGAUACACAUAGCUUGCUUCAGUUUGUGCCAUUACGUUCUAUGUGGUGACUUUAAUCCUUGCUUAUUGUAAAACAUGUUUUCAACCCCUGUUUAACACUUUGUUAUAAAAAUGAAAACAGACUAGAAAACCCUGCUACUAAUAACUGUAUAGUGAGACAACUCCUGACCUGCAGGUGGUUAUGUUGAUGCUCAGUGUUUGCACUGGAUGUGAUGCUGGAUGAAGUAAUAAAAGGUUCCCGUCCUACGUUUUAAAAAAAAAA